AAUUCCUUGUGCUUCUGUUCAGAGUCAUUUGAUGAAUGUACUUAGAUUGGUGCAGAAGACGGUCAGUUUCUGCUUCAGGAAAUCUUACUAAAAUGUUCAGCAAGCUGAAGAACUCAACAAGUCCAAAUUCCAGGUUUUACCUCGUCCCUGACAACAUGGAAGAGGUGCACUCUGGAUACCUGUACAAGUCACCGUCUCACACCCAUUUCAAUUUUUUGAAAUCAUGGAAGAGGAGGUACUUUGUGCUGAGCAAGACCCCUGGAAAUCUGUACGAGCUGAAAUUCUUCAGGGACAAAAAUAAAAGAGACAAACCCCUAGGACAAAUCAACCUUUAUGAGGUUUUACUGCUAUUCCAGCAUGCAGAAUCACAUCCAAUUUGCUCGUGGAUACAAAGGAACUUUAAAUGCUCUGCAUCCUGUGUUCUGUACAUGAGGGUGCCAGAGAGAGAAUAUUUCCUUGUUGGAGAAAACAGUGACAUGGUGGAAGACUGGUUUAAUGCAAUGUUUAAGGCAUUGAACACAAUGCCCAAAUCAGAGGAAAUCAGGAAUACAUUCGGGAAAUGUAGGUCAAUAUCUGAGCCUUCAGGUUUGUAUCGUGAUCCACAAUGGUCUGAAGACCAAGAACAGAAUAAAACUGAAUCGGUUCCAUCAUCUCUUCCAACAAGACAGUCUGCCCCUGAGUCAUUUAACGCUCUGUACUCUCACUAUGAUUAUCCAAAGAAUUACACGAAGACACUAUCACAACCUCAGGAAAGUGAUGACUCUGAUGACGAUGAGGAAGAUGAAAUAAAGAUAAACCAAGAAAGUGAACCAGAAGAAAGCGACUACAUGGACAUGAAAUGUGUGACAGAGAUAAUGAGACAGGCUCAGAAUAAAUGCAAGUUCAGACUCACAACCAAAGACGAACAGCAUGAAAGAGAAAUAAGCUGAAGAAAGGUUUCCCAUGAAGAGGCCCAGUGGACAAUAUUCCCACUGGAUGGCUCAAAUGGUUAAGCUAGGAUAUGUAAAGAAAAAGAAUUCUGCUGUAAUGUAUGUGUGCCAGUAAUAAAGACCUCUUCUUCUAGAUGGUUACAGCAGAAUUAAUAAUGAUAAUAAAUUCUCAAUCAAAUAUGUAAAUGAAAAAUUGUUAGUCUUCUUCCAAUGUUAGACUACGAAAUAUCCUCAUGUACAUAAGUGUCUUUCUAUAGAGGGCCCAGGAUUGUGUGUAAGAUGAAAAUAAUUAAAGCAUAAAGAAAAAAAAGAGGGCCAAGGUAUAAUCAUGUGUAUAAUGAAAAUAAUUAAAGCCUAAAUAAAAAACUGAAAUGAAAUGUAUUAGGAUA